AUGUCCACGCACAACAUGAAGCGUAAAAAACCAACUUCGAAAACGGCUGAAAUACGCGACGGCUCUGUUCCGCGUAAAAAACUGCGAGUCACAGAAAAACCUACGGGUAGAAAGUCUGUGAAUGAGUUGAUUCUGGACGUGUCCAGUAUUUUUCUGGACCGAACGGCUGAGUGGAACGCCUUGGAGAACAUCGGGCUUUCGGCUCCGGAAAUAUCCGACUUCAAGAUUCGUCAUGAUAUUUCUGAUCCAUCGAACGACUUCGAACGCUCUACUCCAACGGAUGUUCCAUUACUUGUUGCAUCGGGCCGAAAAUACGAUCUCGGAGAGAUCGUGGACGUGUGCUCUACGAGAAAUGCACUGGCUUCGCUAUGUCUAAACAUCACGUCUUCCAGUCCGAUGCUUCUCCAGGGUCCGGUCGGCUGCGGGAAAACGUCCAUUGUUCGUCAAAUAGCGAAAAACUGUGGACGCGUGGUUGAUCCAAGAUUCUACGCGAUUCAAAUCAGUGAGCAGACUGACACACGUGUCCUACUUGGAUCGUAUCGAUGUGCGGAUAUUCCUGGGCAGUUCGUUUGGCAUCCUGGCAUUCUAACACAAGCUGCGUUAAACGGAGCGUGGCUAUUGAUGGAAGAUUUAGACUGUGGCCCUCCGGAUUUGCAUUCGUGUCUUCGACCGUUAUUGGAGUCGCGGAAGCUCUAUAUUCCUGGCCGUGGGGACAUGGUGGAUGUUCACGAAAGCUUCAGGAUUUUUGCCACUCGGAGAAUCAGUGGAAAGUCCUCAUUGCUUUCUGGUCACGGAGGAAUGUCAAGUUGGACGAACGUGGAGAAGUUAUUCGUCAAGAUUCUUGUGCAAUCACAUCCUGCAUCUGAGCUGAAGCAAAUUGUGGAUAUGCGGUUUCCAGGUUUGAUCACAGUCAGUUCAAGGCUGCUUUCGGUAUACCUCCUCAUGUCUGAAUCCGGUCAGCACAUCAACGAUCUGGAAGAAGCCCAUGAUUUCUCGGAAGCUCCGAAGAAAAUUUCGUUCGGCCGUCUGUUUUCCACGCGUGAUUUGAUGAAAUGGUGCGAACGGAUCUCAACCUAUUUCGACGUUCAGUCGGAAACCUGUACCCUGAGGGUGUUUCAAGAAGCACUAGAAUGCUUUUGUUUCUCUCUGCCGUCAAUGGAAAGUCGUCUCAACGUGGCCGAAGCGAUCGGUGCCCGAUUGAACAUCCCGAAAGCGAAGGUUGAAUUCGUGCUUUUGGUGAACAAGCCUUCGUUGCAUUAUCAAGCUGAUGGCUUGACGAUCGGGCGAGUCACAUUAUCGCAGUCGGGCAAAAUUGCUAAUGAUUCUAUCCUGAGGAGGGAAAAGGCCGUGUACUGUUUGACAAAACCAGCGGGAAGAUUGCUCGAGUCUGUGGCUGCGUGUAUUUCUCGAGCGGAGCCAGUCUUGCUUGUCGGAGAAACGGGAGUUGGGAAGACGGCGUCGGUUCAAUUCUUGGCCCGUGAAACCGGCCGUCGACUUACCGUCGUCAACAUCAACCAGCAAAGCGAUGCAAUGGAUCUUCUCGGAGGUUACAAGCCUCUAGAAUUCAAGCACACUGUUCGCCCAGUCAGAGAAGAAUUCGAAGAGUUGUUUUAUGCGACUUUUAGUGGCGACAAGAAUGCGAAUUUCCUGCAUUAUGUAUCAGCCGUGUACUGUUUGACAAAACCAGCGGGAAGAUUGCUCGAGUCUGUGGCUGCGUGUAUUUCUCGAGCGGAGCCAGUCUUGCUUGUCGGAGAAACGGGAGUUGGGAAGACGGCGUCGGUUCAAUUCUUGGCCCGUGAAACCGGCCGUCGACUGACCGUCGUCAACAUCAACCAGCAAAGCGAUGCCAUGGAUCUUCUCGGAGGUUACAAGCCUCUAGAAUUCAAGCACACUGUUCGCCCAGUCAGAGAAGAAUUCGAAGAGUUGUUUUAUGCAACUUUUAGUGGCGACAAGAAUGCGAAUUUCCUGCAUUAUGUAUCAAGCUGCUAUUUGGUUGGACGAUGGUCAGACCUGGUUGCUCUCAUGUCUCACCCGGUGAAACCCGCGUUGGAAAAGCUCCGAAAGGAAUCCGGGUCCGAAACAACAGCGAUGCGUUGGGAAAAGCUGAACGAGAAGCUGAAGCAUUUGACGGUGCAACUGAAACGAAUGGACUCGAAUCUUGCCUUCGCUUUCGUCGAAGGCAGUCUCGUCAAGGCCCUGCGAAACGGAGACUGGAUUUUGCUCGAUGAAAUCAAUUUGGCCACUGCGGAAACUCUCGACUGCCUCUCUGGAAUAAUCGAAAAUUUCAAUGGAGACGCGGGAAUUUUGCUUGCUGGAAAUCGGUCUGUUCCGAAGAUGAGUACUUCACCGAAGCUUCGUAAUUUCGCUAAUGAACCCAUGGGUGACAAACCAGUUACCGCAGUCGCUGGUAUCGGCGAUGUGCUCGGAGAUCGCCUAGUUGCCAAAGGCUACGACAAAGCCUAUGUUUUGUUCGGACUGUUCUUACUUUUCAAGAAGGAUGGAGAUCUUUUCCAGAUGUGGUUGAAAGACGAGAUCAAAGCUAAUUCCAAGGAAGCUACAGAUUGCUUCAUGUGUCUGAAAGAAUGGGCAGACCAGAAUAGGUGA